AUUUAACAUGGCUCCUGGCUGCGACCGAGCGUCCACAAACCAAACCUGAAUGUAUAUCUCUGUGAACCGAGCCUCAUUCUGUUCAAUAAGAAACGUUAAAAAGGACAAAAAAGAGUGGGAAACAGAGCGGAAAGCUGCCAGUAUGCUAUGAGAUCGUGAGUUUAUCCUUGAGGAAGAAGAUGGCUGCAGAAUUGUAUCCUGCAAGCAUAAACACUAACCUCCCAAACAGCAACGGCACAGCUGUAACUGCUGCCAGCAAGAAGACUAUCGUUCAGGUCACUCAGACUGUGACCACACCGACUACUACUGCAGCUCAGCAGAAUAUCAACAAUAACAACGUCGAGACUGCCAGCUGGCAGUCUGCUCAUCCGACACUGCGCGAAAGGAAUGCUUUAAUGUUCAAUAACGAACUCAUGGCGGAUGUUCAUUUCAUUGUGGGUCCUCCCGGCGAAUCAGAGAAAGUUCCCGCACACAAGUAUGUGCUGGCAGUGGGCAGUUCUGUCUUUGCUGCUAUGUUUUAUGGGGACCUUGCAGAGGGGGAGUCAGAGAUUCACAUCCCUGAUGUAGAGCCUGCUGCUUUUUUAAUCCUUUUGAAGUACAUGUAUAGCGAUGAGAUUGAACUAGAGGCGGACACAGUGCUGGCCACUCUGUACGCUGCCAAGAAGUAUAUAGUGCCUGCACUGGCCAAGGCCUGUGUCACGUUUCUGGAGACCAGCUUGGAGGCCAAGAAUGCCUGUGUUCUGCUUUCCCAGAGUCGUCUGUUUGAGGAACCAGAGCUGACCCAGCGCUGCUGGGAGGUCAUCGAUGCUCAAGCAGAGCUGGCCCUGCGUUCAGAGGGUUUCUGCGAGAUUGACUUGCAGACCUUGGAAAUCAUCUUAAGGCGUGAAACACUCAACACCCGGGAGGCGGUGGUCUUCCAGGCCGUUUUGGACUGGGCAGUGGCUGAGUGCAAGAGACAGGGGUUGGGGCCAACCACCCGGAACAAGAGAGCCGUGCUAGGCAAGGCACUCUAUCUGGUCCGCAUCCCGACCAUGACGCUGGAGGAGUUUGCAGAUGGAGCAGCUCAGUCGGAUGUACUGACCUUGGAGGAGACUCAUGACAUUUUCCUGUGGUACACAGCAGCCAACAAGCCCAAGCUAGACUUCCCGCAGACGCGAAGAAAGGGGCUAACACCCCAGCGUUGCCAUCGCUUCCAGUCAUCUGCCUACCGCAGCAACCAGUGGCGUUACCGUGGACGAUGUGACAGCAUCCAGUUUGCUGUAGACAAGCGGAUCUUCAUCGCUGGGUUAGGGUUGUAUGGCUCAAGCGGUGGCAAGGCAGAGUACAGCGUCAAGAUUGAACUCAAACGCCAAGGAGUAAUCUUGGCCCAGAACCUUACAAAGUUUGUUUCGGACGGCUCAAGCAACACCUUCUCAGUGUGGUUUGAGCACCCGGUCCAAGUAGAGCAGGAUGCCUUCUAUACAGUCAGUGCCGUGCUAGAUGGGAAUGAACUGAGUUACUUUGGUCAGGAGGGGAUGACGGAAGUGCAGUGUGGGAAGGUGACCUUUCAGUUCCAGUGUUCUUCAGACAGUACUAAUGGAACAGGAGUGCAAGGGGGACAGAUCCCAGAGCUUGUCUUCUAUUCGUAAGAGGAUGUCCAUAUCGAAAGUGCAUUCUGCCCACUUUAUUCGAUGUAAUGAACACACGGGAGAGUAAGAGGUCUAACAGGGUUUCUGCCUUCUUAACAGUGUAGCAGUGAGAAGAUUUUUUGAUGAA